AUGGAUGCCGUAUACACAACCCUCUUAAACGACCCGCUGCUGAAGGUUAGCCGCCCUAUUGCAGCCUGCUCUAGAUGCCGGUCAUCCAAGGUCAGGUGUGAUGGCAAAUUGCCGGCUUGUUCGGCGUGUGAGCGAGCUGGUAAAGCGCGCAGCUGCUCCGGGGCUACAGACGAGUUCGCGAAGGGAAAAGAACGAAGCUAUGUUGCUGCCCUGGAGGCGCAGUGUGAGCGUCUAAAGAACAGGCUCGCGGAGCUGCGUGGUAGCCAGCCGGGAGACUCGCCAGAUAGCCAGGGGACGACGAAUGCAGUUUACGGCAAGGAAACGUCUGAUAUCGAUGAUUUAGUUGGGGAUUUUGGAUUCUUAUCUGUCAACGCGACAUCUCGAGAUUUCUAUGGAAUUACGUCUUCGACCUCCUUCGCCGGCCUCCUCUUAACCGUGGCAAAGGGGCCGUCUUCCAUACCUCCCCACCCACCGGUUGAAUAUCCGAGUCGAGCAGAAGCCGUGGGCCAUGUUCAAUACUACUUCGACAACCUCUAUGUCUUGAUGCCUUUCCUCAUGGAGACCAAGUUCUGGGCGUCAUUGGAUAAUAUAUACCAUGAUUCAGGCAGAUUCGCAACAAGUUUCGACCAUUGGUCUAUGCGAAUGGUGUUGGCGAUAUCGUCGGCAAUGAAGUCUCGCACCCAUGGAGAUGCGGAGUGCGAGGCUGCUUUGUCCCAUGUCUACGCUGCACUAAAGUACGCCGAAGACGUAUUACACCCAGGAUCGCUUGCUGGGAUACAGUCUAUUCUACUUCUGACCCAAUUCUCUAUGUUCGCGCCUAAAUACUUUAAGACGUGGUAUCUGAUAGGCAUGGCAAGUCGGGUGGCCACUGAUUUGGGGAUACAUCAAGAGCAACGGUCAAUAAUAAAUAUGGACAGCGCAGCUUUGAAUCAAUCUAGAAAGACGUUCCACUGUCUUUACUCUAUUGAUAGAUACGUCAGCGGAGCCUUGGGUCGCGCUUAUUCGUUCUCUGAUGACUCCGUCAAUGUACCUCUUCCGCCGGUAUCACCCUCUUCCUCCAGUACAAUAGUUCUAGGAGACGCCAUGUUCCCCAAAAAUAUCAAGGCAGCCAUCCGCUUAUUUGAAGUUCGACGGAGGCAAUCCACCUACUACCAAGACCUCUAUUUCAACGGGAGAGACGCUCUUCCCGAUUCCGAGAAUGUUUCCUGGAGACGCUGCGCAAUCCUCAUGGAGUGGUUUGAGACAGCCCGGGGCGACCUAACUCCCCGAUUGAUACCGCUAUACCACCUUGAACUACUAUAUACCCUAAUACUAGUGCUCUCUCCCUCCAAGCGAGCACCAGUAAUCAGCAAGAUCAACCGAAUAAUCUUGUUCGAGUACGCUAUCGAAUAUCUCACGAAUUUUCACACUCUGCUUAACUCGUCCCUCUAUGUGCCAAUGACUUAUAUCGACUUUGAGCGGGUAUAUACCGUUGCAUGCAUACUGAUCGUCAUCGUUAACCACUACCAUAACGAGGUGCUCAGCGACACACUGCCUGAGUACUUGAUGCAGUCACCUUCCCCGCCGGGAACUUCCGAGGCACCAAUGCCACCGUAUGUAGACAGAGCGAAAAGAGUCAACUCGACGACGAGAGCGUUAGAAUCCCUUGCCAAGACAAAUUCAGUUCUUGAAACCGCACAUAAGCGAUGGGGUAUACGAAGCCUUCUAGACGAUUUUAAGGGGCGUGUGGACUCUGCUACCACUAUACUUUCAUUCAAGUAUGGGGAAGACCAACUGGCUGGCUCUUCCAUGCAGCAAUCUUCUCUGAGCCAGCCGAUCAACUCUAAUGGAGGGCCUACGACGUCGGGUUAUGUUUUGCCUCGACGAAGCCAUUUAUCCGGACGACCCUCAUCAUACAACGGCGACUAG